AUGAUUGACAGAGUCUCUUACACCCCUAUGUCUCUCUCCAUGGCUAUCUUAUUCGCCAUCGCCUCACCUUCUUCAGGACGCUGUCGCACGCGCUUGUUCGCAAUCAGGUCAGACUCCGUUUGUGCUCCAUUAGCACUUUGUUCUGGUGUAUCAAAAACUUCUCAGCACAAAAUAAAAAGUCAAAUACAAUAUGAUCCUUUGAGGUUUCAACUAUCAGCUUUUAAUCAGCAUUACAAAAGCAUUCAAAAUUAUGCUGCGAAAGCCGACACUGUACCAUCUUCUGAGUCAGAAUCUGAAGCUUCCAACUGCAAUAACAUUGUCGACUCUGUCAAAAAUUUCAUGGCGGCUUUGUACCAAUUGAUUUACCCUUACGCAUUAUAUGGUCACGCAUCAGCUGCAAUUUCUGCGUCUCUCGUUGCAGUAGAGAAACUAUCGGAUAUAUCUCCAUUGUUUUUUAUUGGUUUGUUGCAGGCUGUUUUACCUCACUCUCUUGUUCUUCUUUACGUUAAUGGAGUGAAUCAAUUGUUUGACUUUGAAAUAGAUAAG